AUGGGCCCCUGUACCCCCCCCCUCAUGCUGUGCCAGGCCCGAAAAUCGGGUUCAGGGGCCCCCUUUUACCCCUCCUCAUGCUGCGCCAGGCCCAUAAUCUGCCGAUGGGCCCCCCGUACCGACUCAUCCCAUAAAGCGCUGCCAGUCGCGCUAAAUCUGUCCAUGGGCCCCUGUACCGCCUCCUCAUGCCUGCUGCCGAGGAUCAGAGAGUGUCAUGGGUCCCUGUUACAGACCGUCCCAUUGCUGCGUGCGAGAAGGCCCUAACUGCCAUGGGCCCCCGUACCGACUCCCAUCUGCUGCCAUGUACCCGUAAUCUGUCAUGGGCCCCGUGACCGCCUCCUCAUAGCUGAUAGCUGGGGCGGGGGAACAAACCGACACUGUGCGCUGCAUGUGCACAUCAAGUUACGGCCCUUGUU